CCGCCUCCACCUCGACGUUCUCCCCACACAGUGCUUACACCACGACAAAGUUCCAGCUUUGUUACCUCCAUCCCAUCUGGACUUAUUGGACCGUUGAUUGAUGAAACUUUUGCACAUCUUGCUCAUUCGACAUGUUCUUUGCCUUCAACAGCUUCGUCUCCGCCCGUUUCGAUUCAUCCUCCCCCUCCACUACCUCAUCGUCUUCGUGACCCUGAAUCGUUGGCCGUCAGUGAGCCCGAACUCAAUAGUUCCUUAGGUCCAGCUAAUCAAUUGCGGCUUACUCUUUCGCGCCAAUGCCCACAUAUAGACCCCCUUUCACUUUCUAUCGUCAAGGCCUCUAUUCGAGAUUCGGUUGCUGGGCUUGAGAUCGAGUCAGCUCGGAUGGAGUCUUUACUACCACCUGUUUCACCAGCCCCUUCAUUGCCUCCCCCAGAGUCGACACCUCCGCCGUUGCCUACAUCUUUGCCAUCCUCAGUUGCUCCCGUUUGUACUAGUUGCAGUGGAUCAUUGAUAAUACCUGAGUCGGAUCAGAACGAACAGAAAAUUUCUCCUUCGGUAAUGCAGGUGGCCGGGCGAACAAAAGCUGUGCCUAGAUCUGCUUCGGCUGUUGAAUUGACAGUCAAGCUUAGGAAAGGUGCCAACGGAUUAGGUUUCAGUCUGACCAGUUGGGAAGGGUCUGCCUCUAAGUCUCUUGGGGACACUUGUUACAGGGAGGUGAAUCCUUCUAGGCAACACAGCACAAAUCAAAACAACUAUUCAAGUCAGCCUCAUCACCAACAUCCUCAUCAGCAUUAUCAUCACCAUCCGAUAUAUGUGAAAAGCAUCUUGCCAGAUGGAGCGGCUUUAAUGGACGGGCAACUUCGACAGGGUGACAGAUUGCUACAGAUAUUUAUGUGA